AUGUCUCAAAAGGAUUCCAAAUCCCCGUCUCCAAAUGGCGCCAGAACUGACCGAAGUCAAGGUUCGGCCAAUGUCAAUGGCUCUGGGAACAAUUCUGGUGUCAACGCCAAAGACGGUUCAAAAUCCACCAAUUCAUCAAACGAAAAGUCAAAUGAUUUGUCUGAGAAACUGCCAAAUGGCACAUCCUCGCCAGUAGAGGGUAGACCAUCGUUUGCCUGGCGCAAGAUUGGUGGGUGGGACUCGCUGGAGUCCUCUGAUGAUAAGUUGCACACGUUGCAGACGCUCAAGGCAGUGGAGAACUAUGUCAUGGACCAUUUGUACGGCGACUGGUAUUUCAACACGGUGAUGAUUUUGGGCGUUUCGUUUUUCUCGUGGUUUUUCGCUUUCUGGGGUUUCAGUAUCUUGAUGUUGGGGGUGGUGCUCUUGGGCGCCGCCUCAGUGUAUCGUGCUGAAUUCCGUAGGUUCAACAGAGAUAUCAGAGACGACAUGGCUCGUAUUGAUGCUAGAAAUAGGUUGGAAAACGAGAUUGAGACCAUGGAGUGGAUGAACUCGUUUUUGGCCAAGUUCUGGGUCAUCUACAUGCCCGCCUUGUCUGAGAUGGUCUUAUUCCAAGCCAACGAGAUUCUCAAAGAUCAGGCUCCAGGGUUUGGUAUUGAGAAGGUGUCUUUGGAUGAGUUCACCUUGGGCUCAAAGGCUCCAAGAGUCGACGCCAUCAAGUCGUACACAAGAAAAGGAAGUGAUCACAUCGAAAUGGACUGGGCCUUCUCUUUCACUCCGAAUGAUACGGACGAUAUGACCAAGAAUGAGAUCAAGAAGAAAAUCAACCCCAAAGUGGCAUUGGGCGUGACAAUCGGUAAAGCCUUCAUUUCCAAGUCUCUCCCCAUCUUAGUUGAGGAUAUGUCGUUUACUGGCAGAAUGAAAAUUAAGUUGAUUUUGACGGAAAACUUCCCGCAUGUCAAGUUGGUGUCAGUGCAGUUCCUUGAACCUCCUGCUAUUGACUACGCUUUGAAGCCUGUCGGCGGUGAUACCUUGGGUAUUGAUAUCAUGUCCUUCAUUCCUGGCUUGUCGACUUUUGUUAACAGCAUCAUCCACUCUACUUUGCGUCCCAUGUUGUAUGCACCAAACUCGCUUGAUAUCGAUGUUGAAGAUCUCAUGUCUCAGCAGUCUAAUGAUUCGAUUGGGUUGCUAACCGUGAACGUCAAGCGUGCUUACGACAUCAAAUGCAAUGAUCUCGAGGGCAAGGAGUGUCAUCCUUACGUCCAGUUGACCUUGUCUGGUGGCCCCGAUGUUGAUGAGCGUACUAAGAUCAAGAAGAACACGAGAAAGCCCGUAUUUUUGGAGAGCAAGCACUUGCUUGUGAACGGGUUGGAAGGCAACUUGUUGACUUUUAAUGUGUUCUCUUACGUGCCCGAUAAGGCUGAAGAUAUUCCUAUAGGAAGAGUCGAUUUUGACUUGGCUGAUUUGUUGCAAGAGUCUCAUCUUGUUGAUCAGACGAAGAACAUCACCGACGCUGGUAGAAUUGUUGGUAAGCUCAAUUUCGACCUCAAGUGGAAUCACGUCUUGGAGAAGCUCACAUUGGAGGAUGGCCUGAAAGAAGAGAACAUUGAUUGCGAGAUUGGUAUCAUGAAAUUUUCACUCUUUGGUGCUUACAACUUGGACAUUUCCAAGUCUGUGGUUGGGUUGUUGAAUCCUUAUGCUGAAGUCUACAUAAACGACCAGCAUGUAAAAACAACCAGAAAAUUGAGGCAGAUCAAUGAGCCAUCAUGGGGUCUCACAUUUGAAAGUCUCAUCACUCAACAGUCCCAAACUCGUGUCCAAGUUUUCGUUAAAGACUCCAUCGAAGACACCAUUGUUGGCAGACUAGACACAAACUUGCAAGAUUUGAUUUUCGAGUCAUCCAGAGGUCAGCAGUGGAUUACAGCAGCACCAAUCCGCCGUGGCGGACCUGCUACCAAGUUCAGAAUUGGUGUCAAAUGGUCUGCUUUGCCCUUGGGUGAUGAAUCCCUCAAAUUCUUCGAAGAGCCGGCUAUUGGUGGUUUCAGAUUGCAAAUUCGCAACGCAAAGGGCUUGAUUAACCUCGAGGAGGUCGGUGACGUUGAUCCUUACAUCAGAGUCUCGCAGAACGGUAAGCCUAAGGGCAGGACCCCUACAAUCGCCAACACCUCGAAUCCUCACUGGAACCAAGUAUUCUUCCUUCCUGUUGCCAAUCCACAUCAGCAUAUAUUGCUCGAGAUUUUUGAUGCUGAGCCGGAGGGUAAGGACAGACCUUUAGGUUCAUGCGCUGUCACUGUGAACGAUUACUUGAAAAAGAAUAAUGAAGGCUACUACCUCGGCUAUGAUGGAGCAGAAGAAAUUAUUGAACAGCCAGUAUUGUACGCUGGUAAGAACCAUGGCCACCUCUACUAUUCCGUAUCUUUUGUUCCAACACUCCCCAUCUAUACUCUUUCCCAGUUGGAGAACUUGGACACUUUCUUGGAGAUGAAGAAAGAGAAAGAAAUCGAGGAGAAGAAAAAGAUGGAGGAAGAAGAGAGAUUGUACAAGGAAAACCCUGAAGGCUACGAGUGGGUUGAAUUGCAGGAUGAUGUUCUUCCAGAGCCUGAAAAGGUUGAGUUACCUUUGGAGAAGGCCAUCAAAUACAGAACCGGUGUUUUGAUGCUCCACGUUCUUGAGGGCCACUUCAAGGCUUCCGGAUGCUUGGUUCACACGUUGUUUGACGAUCACGCCUUCUCCUCCAGCAUCAGUCGCAGAGCUGAGGGAAAGAAUUUGACAGACCCAUUCAACGUUGAGGCUUUUAUUAGAGACUUGCCAAAUUCUCUCACGAUUUUUAGAGUUUCGAAGAAAUACGUCAUUGAGCACAAGAAUGACAUUGUCGCCGAGAAGACUUUUGAGACCGCUGAUCUUUUGAAAAAGGCUUAUCAGAAGCCCCUCACGUUGAAGAUCGAUGAGAAGAACUCUAUCAAGAUAAGAGCUGAGUACAUUCCAUCUGCGGUUAAGUUGGCACCACUUGAUACUGUUUUGGAUGUUGGCCACGUGAAGUUGGAUAUUUUAAGUGCCGAGAACUUGAAGUCCGUGGAUAGCAACGGUAAAUCUGAUCCUAUGGUUGUCAUCAAAUUGGAUGGUGUUGAGAUUUUCAAGACCGACAAGAAAAGAAGAACAUUGGACCCAGUGUGGAAUGAAGCAUUCGAAUUCCCUAUUUUGUCAAGGUCUAGACAGCCACUUGUGUUGGAGGUUUAUGACUGGGAUUUGACCAAUGAUGACGAGUUGUUGGGAACCGCUGUGAUUGACAUCUCAGCCAUUGAUCCUAACGAUUCCACCCAAUUCAAGGUCGAGCUCGAUACUCAAGGUGUCGUGGUCUUGAGAGCAACCUUCAAGCCAGAAUACGUCAGACCACCCCUCAACACCAAAUCGGGCUUGCCUAUCGACUUGAGUGACGUGAAGGGUGUGCCUUUGAAACUUGUUGGCGGUGUCGCCGGGGUGGCGGGUAACACCGUGGGCAGUGGUGUUGGUCUCGUCUCAGACAAUAUCACAAAGGGCGGCCAAUUUUUUAAGAGUUUCGGAAAGAGCAAGAAGAGAAGUGGUGAAGAUACUCGUUCUCAGAAUGGCCAUGGUAAUAGGCCACUGACGCAAAGUCAACGUGGCGCUCCAAGUGAGCUUGACAAGAGCAUGCAAGAGAAUGGCGAAGAAGACAACGAGCCAGAUUUACUUUCUGAACAGGUGGAUGACACUUCUCAGUUCGAGAAGGAGGGCGAGAAAGAAGACGACAACAAGAGUAAGAAAAACAGACAAGGUGCACCUCCACCAGAGGAACAGAUGGAGCAAAACAGACCACCUUCGAUUGAAGGGGCACUUCCUAAUGUAGAUCCGGACCUUUUGCCUCCUCCUCAGCGUCCUGGUGAGUUUGAAAACCACCAUAAGAGAAGCACCAGUGAAGCAACCGACAUUAGCACUAUGAACUCUUCUGCCAUGGGUCCUAAUGGGCUUCCAGGAAGAGUUAACAUUGUUCUGGCUAAGGGAUUCAAGGCCUCAGCUCUUGAUGUUAAUGUCACCUUGAGCACACCCCAGAGAACUAAGGAUAUCUACAAGACGAGAGGUGCCAAGUCACAUGGGGGAGCUUUCAAGUGGAAUGAGACGUUUACAUUCAAAUCGCCUCCUGUGGGAACGUUGUCGUUUGCAGUCAGGGAGCAUAAGACGCUCGGAAGAUCGCAAAUUAUCUCCAGCGCCGAAGUUGCCUUGUCUGACCACUUGGACGCCAGCGAUACUAUUGAUCUUAUUGUUGGAGACGGUCAAUUGACUGUCUUCAUGUCGUACUUGUCUGGCCACUAA